AUGAGACCGAAUGAGUUGCGGAUUCGGAACAUCAUGCACGAUCCGCGGAUCUUUCGAGGCUCGACCACAGCUCCCAUUCGGAGCAAGACCAUACCGACCCUCUUGGAUGGGGAAGGAACGGGAGAGGAAGAGAAGGCAGCACAGACGGAUGAGGAUAUCUUCGAUGGAGCACCAACUCCCAUUUUCAUCCCAACCCCUUCUGGCGUGGAUGCUGAGACUCAAGUCAACGAAUCUGAGCUGUGGGAUUGGGAGGCGGAGGAGAAAGAUAUCAUCCAGAGGCUUGUCGGGAAAACGUUGGAAGAUGCUCUUGAGGAGGUCCUUGAAGAGGAAGAGAGGGCUGUGGCUACAUUCCACAGCCUCCACAUGUCCAGCCUUCAUCCUCCGCUCUCUUCGUUGACUUCUAAAGAGGUACCAGAAAAUCUGCCGGUCUUGUCCAAUAAGAAGCUUUACUUCAAUAAUACUAAUCGCAUCCCUUGUUGCAAGUUGUGA